AUGGAUUUAGCGAACACAACGGUCGAAUUGAAUUCAACACUGCAUAGUAACUUCCUAGUUCUAUCACGUGUCCGUCUCAUUGUCAAAUUUUAUCUCUGGCCAUUACUUGCUGUUUUCGGUUUAAUCGGUAAUAGCUUAUCAAUUCUUGUCCUAACUCGACGGCGAUUGAUACGAACUAGUACAAACAAUUAUUUGACUAUCCUCGCAGUGUUCGAUUCAUGUUAUUUGAUCUUUACAUUGAUUCUUAAUUUUGGCUCGCAUCCAAGUUUUACUGAAAGUGUCUUAGUGCAGAAUAUAUUAUAUAUUCUACGCCCUCUAGCCGACUUUAGUUCCAAUACAGCAACAUGGUUGAUUGUUUGUUUUACCCUGGAACGUACGUUAGCAGUUGCAAAGCCAAUUUAUGCGAAACGAACGUGUUCUGUGCGACGUUCACGUCAUUUAAUUUGUACAUUAUUGGUUAUUUGUUUUCUAAUUUCAACGCCAACUUAUUUCGAGGGAACAUUUACACGUGAGAUCAAUGAAUGCGAUGGUCUCAAUUCAACACAACGAACUCGAUCGAAGAAACAACAGGAAUUAUUCUUAACAAUUCAUCGUUUAUACCUCAUAUUUAUAUGUAUUGUUAUUAUUUGGAUUCCACUAGUUCUCCUCUGUGUUUGCAAUUCAAUUCUGAUCUGGUAUGUUCAUCGAUCACGCCGCUUUGACGUCGAUGCUCAGCCAAAGUCCGUCGAUGACACAUAUUCAAUGCCUACGUCACCAGUGAAAGCAAACUUCUGUCCCAGUAACUAUCAAUCAUGUUCACCCAACAUGCCAUUGAAAUCAUCUUACGCGGCUAAUUUACGUCGGCAUAGUCGGUCAUAUAUUCGAAAACGUAAAGUAACAAUAGUGUUAAUUUGCUGCUUAUUUGUUGCUUUACUACUAUGGACACCUCAAAGUUUAUCAUUAACCUACGAAACACUGAUUGAAAGUUACAGCGAUAUGUCACCAAAGCGACGAAUGGCUUUGUUAAUUUUUAAUAAUUUUGCUAAUUUAUUCCUGUGUAUCAAUGCGUCGAUUGACUUUAUACUUUAUUGCUUUUUAUCGGAAAAAUUCGCUCGAACAUGUCAACAGAUAAUCUGGAGAAAAUGUUCAACUCAAAAACUAAUCAAAACUCGGCAAGCGCGACUACGUGGUGCUGACCGAGGCUCGUUCAUUCUAUCGAAUACAUCGAAUAAUUCUCAUCAACAACAACAGCAGCUAGCAGCAGAUACAACCAAUAAUUAUUAUGCUCAAUUGUACAAUUUCUGUCGGCAAACGUCAAUUAAUCGGAAAAACAAAGUUUGGAAAAAGAAAAUGAUACAAUCAUUGACAACCACAACAAAUAGUAAAGACAACAAUCGUGUUUAUUACCGAACAGUUUUAUUAGAGAACAAAAAAAGCUCGUUAAAUGUUACACAGCAAUGUCAUCAAAAACGUAUGGUUAAUUUUCAAAAUUCGAUGGAUGUCUUCUCUAAUACCGACGAUGAUUAUGUCAAUAACGAAUUGAAUACAUCACUCAACACAUCGAUCAGUUCCAAUAAACAAUCGCAUUCCGACGUUGUUUAUAACUGA